UUUGUUCGUGAUCGACUGUGUAUUAACGCUUGACCGUUCCGAGCUGCAGCCAGGUCAAGUCGAUUAACGAAGGAGUCAGCUCUGCUCGCACAUAUCAUGCUUCGGGCUGCAGCCUGCUACCAUGAAUAUCUCACAGCCUGUCGCCUCCUCUGUGGAGAGCGUCGAAUUCACUUUUCUCUCCGCCAAAGAAAUCCGGGCAAUCUCUGUCCGGAGGAUUGAGAAUGACAAUACCUUUGAUAGCCUCCUGAACCCCGUUCCUGGCGGCCUGUACGACCCGGCGCUCGGCUCUUGGGGCGACGCAUUAUGCUCUACUUGCAAUCUUGGUCAAUCGCAAUGCCCCGGCCACGCAGGUCACAUCGAACUCCCCGCACCGGUCUAUCAUCCAGUGUUUAUGGACCAGGUGUAUCGUUUGCUGCGGGCGCAAUGCGUAUACUGUCACAGAUUCCGAAUGGCCCGGAAAGAACUCCACCGAUACGCCUGCAUGCUUCGACUGCUCCAGUAUGGUCUACUGCGCGAAGCCCAGAUGGUUGAUGCCAUAGGCGAGGAUUACUUCGGCCUAGCUCUUGCCGACGUGCCAGAUGAAGAGGCCGAGGACGCCGAGGACUCAGACGGGGACGACGACGCAUCGGCAGACAACAUUAUGAAGGCCAGGGACAAAUAUUUGCACCAGGUCCUACGAGAGCAGAGGAUCAACCAAGGCGACGUUAGAAAAGGGAAGCACGAGGGUGCUUCGGAGCUUCGGAGGCAACUAGUCAAGGACUUUCUUGCCGACAUAAUCAAGGCCAAGGGAUGCUCCAGCUGUAGCGGGAUAUCGCCAACCUACCGCAAGGACAGAUUCGUGAAGAUCUUUGAGAAGGCCCUGACCCCAAAAGAUCAGGCGAAGAUGAUCCAGCUGAAUCUGAAGCGGAGGGAUGCUUUGUUGAUGAAGCAGAGGGCGAAAAUGAAGGCUGAUCAGCUCGCUUCAGACGAAGGAGUUGGCGAUCUCAACACGUCUGAUGCCGGCUCAACGGUCGGCGAAGAAGAUGAGGAGGAAGAAGAUGAGGGUGAAGGGGAGGAGCUGGACGAGAAUGGCGACGUGGUCAUGACCGACUCAGUGACCAAACCACGGGGCCCACGCGUGGCGAAGAAAGCCGAACGCUACGUCAGCGCCAUGGAGGUUAUGCAGAGGCUGGAAUUACUCUUCGAAAAGGAGCAGGAUAUGAUGUCCCUGCUCUACAGCUCAAGACCUCGGCGCAAGAACUCACCACCGUUGUCGCCAGACAUGUUCUUCCUACAGACGAUUUUAGUGCCUCCAAACCGAUAUCGACCAGAAGCCCGGAUGGGUGACGCACAGAUUUCCGAAGCCCAACAGAACAGUCUGUACAAACUGAUACUGAGGAGCGCUUCGAAGUUGACCCAAAUCUCGAGGGAGCUCGAAGAGUCGUCGAAACUUGUCGCCUCGGAUGAGGGCGAGGCCAGGCGGACUAGGGACAUCAUGUCGCUGCACGUGGCCUGGACUGAGCUCCAGGACUGUGUCAACUCCCUGAUUGACCGGAGCAGAAAUCCCGUACAGGGAGCAGCCGCGAAGCGAAACGAGGAUGGAAUCAAGCAGAAGCUUGAGAAGAAGGAGGGACUCUUCCGGAAGAACAUGAUGGGAAAGCGAGUCAAUUACGCAGCGCGCAGUGUUAUCUCGCCGGACCCCAAUAUCGAGACCAACGAGAUUGGAGUACCUCCCGUGUUUGCCAAGAAGCUCACCUACCCAGAGCCCGUAACGAGUCACAACUUCAAGGAUAUGCAGCAAGCGGUCAUCAACGGCUUAGACAACUGGCCCGGCGCCUCGGCGAUCGAGAAUGAGAACGGCCAGAUAAUCAACCUGCGGAACAAGUCCCUCGAUGACCGUGUUUCCCUCGCGAACCAGCUUCUAGCGCCAAGCGGCAACAACUUCAGCGGCACGAGGAACAAGAAAGUACAUCGUCAUCUGACCAACGGCGACGUCGUCCUCAUGAAUCGCCAACCGACCCUCCACAAGCCCUCGAUCAUGGGCCACCGCGUCAGGGUGCUGCCCGGAGAGAAGACCAUUCGCAUGCACUACGCCAAUACCAAUACGUACAACGCCGACUUUGACGGAGACGAGAUGAACAUGCAUUUCCCCCAGAAUGAGAUUGCGAGAACCGAGGCGCUUCAACUCGCCGACACUGAUCACCAGUACAUCUCUGGCACGCAGGGGAAGCCGUUGCGAGGACUUAUUCAGGAUCAUAUUUCCGUUUCGGUGAUUCUCUGCAGCAAGGACACUUUCUUUGACCAGAGGUCCUAUCAGCAACUCAUCUACAACGCCCUGAGGCCGGAGAGUGGUCACAUCAUGGGGGAGAGGAUCGAGCUGGUCCCUCCUGCAAUUGUCAGGCCGGUGGCCAGAUGGACAGGGAAGCAGGUCAUCAGCACGAUCCUGAAGAACAUUCGGCCGACAAACUGCGGCGACUUGUGGAUGAACGGCAAGUCGCAGGUCAGGGGCGAGAAAUGGGGGGUGCAUGUGGAGGAAGGACAAGUCAUGUUCCGCGAUGGCGAGUUCGUUACCGGCAUCCUAGACAAGGCCCACCUUGGACCCAGCUCCGGAGGCCUCGUUCACUGCGUGCACGAGGUCUACGGCCCCGUCGUCGCCGGCAAACUCCUCAGCAGCAUGGGUCGGCUCCUGACAAGAUAUCUCAACGAGCGAGCAUUUACCUGCGGGAUGGAUGACCUCCUGCUAACCCCCAAGGGCGAAGCAGACCGCAAAGAAAAGCUCAAGGCCGCUCGCUCCAUUGGUAUCGAGGUCGCCGCCAAGUAUGUCACACUUUCGGACCAGCAGCCAGACGAGUCCGACCCCGAGCUCCUAAAGCGCCUGGAGGAGGUAAUGAGGGACGAGUCCAAGCAGGAGGGGCUGGAUAUGCUGGUGAACGAGACCUGCUUUAAACUGUCCAGCCAGGUAACUUCGGAGUGUCUCCCCGCGGGGCUUGAGAAGCAAUUCCCCAAGAACCACAUGCAGUCUAUGACCACUUCUGGGGCCAAGGGUGGCCCUGUCAACGCCAACCUGAUUUCUUGCAACCUUGGCCAGCAAGUUCUUGAGGGGCGACGAGUUCCGCUCAUGGUGAGCGGUAAAUCCCUCCCAAGCUUCAAGCCCUUCGAUACAGAUGUCAGGGCGGGAGGGUACGUGGUGAAUCGCUUCUUGACCGGUAUCAGACCGCAGGAGUACUAUUUCCAUCACAUGGCCGGUCGCGAGGGUCUCAUCGACACAGCUGUCAAGACGUCUCGCUCGGGCUAUCUGCAGAGAUGUCUUAUCAAGGGCAUGGAAGGCCUUGGGGUCGCCUACGACACCUCCGUCAGAGAUUCGGAUGGAUCCCUCAUCCAAUUCCUGUAUGGCGAGGAUGGUCUGGACAUUACGAAGCAGACAUACUUGACCGAUUUCGGAUUCAUGCUCCGGAACCGCGAGUCCCAGUUGGCUCAAGUCAGCUAUGCCGACAUGAAUUCCAGCGUUCUCUUCGAACACAAGGACGAUAUCAUCAAACAGAUGAGGAGCGCGAUCAAGUCUUCCAGCAGCCAAAGUGCCUCUGUGGUAGAUCCCGUUACCGCUUACCUCGAUCCUGCGCGGUUCGCUUUCGCAACGUCGGAGAAGUUCUUCAAGGCCAUGACAGACUACACCAAGGCAAACCAGGACGGACUGAUCCGGGAGAAGGGCUCCAGCGCAUCAUCGCGUGGGAGUGGCAUCGCGCGAAAGACGGCGGAGAAAAUCAUCGCCGCCAAAUACAUCCGAUCCCUGGUCGCACCCGGGGAGGCGGUCGGCAUCGUUGCGGGCCAGUCAGUUGGCGAACCUUCGACUCAAAUGACACUCAACACCUUCCAUUUGGCGGGGCACUCGGCCAAGAACGUCACCUUGGGUAUUCCUCGCCUCCGAGAAAUCCUGAUGACGGCCAGUACAAAAAUCUCCACGCCGGCCAUGACGUUAGUUCUCCACGAGGAACUCUCGCAGCAGGACGGGGAAACGUUUGCGAAAGCAAUCAGUGUUCUCCCGCUCUCUCACGUCCUAGACCGCGUGACGGUCAGGGAGCGAGUUGGGAGAGGGAUAGCCCACCCGCUGGCGAAGAUAUACGAGGUGCGCCUACGGUUCUUCCCAUCGGCGGAAUAUACCAAGGCCUACGCUAUCACGAUACCUGACGUCUUUGAUACUGUCGAGAGGAAGUUCAUCCCCGCAUUACAGAGGCUCGUGGCCAGGGAGAUCAAGAAGAGAGGUAACCAAAAUACUGCAGCUGCGCCGGAGAUAGGGAUCAAGUCAGGGGUUGUCGAAAUGGCGGCCGCAAGUGCUGAGUCGGAUGGUGAUCGCGGAGAGGACGAGGAUGACGACGACGAGGGCGGCGAUGACGAUGCAACCAACGCCAAGCAGAAGUCGAACAGGACUGAGGCUGUAUCGUAUGGGCCGAACGACGAUGAGGAUGAUGCGAUUCAGCAAGAGAUGGAGCGGGAUGCUUCGCCCUGGGCUGAUGAGAUGGAGGACGAGGCAUACGGCGGCAGCCCGGGACCGGAGCAGCCUAAGGGGGAGGAGGGUGGGGAUAGCGAGCUUGCCGAGAAGGGCGGCGCGGAGGCAGGCUCGAAUACACGAGAAAGUCGCGUGAUGGAGCGCAACAACCGCAUAUCUCGGUUCAGAUGCGACGAGGCCGGCGGAGAGUGGUGCGAGUUCACGCUCGAGUUCGACUCAGCGAUGCCCAAGAUCCUGAUGUUGAACCUGGUGCAAGACGCUGUCGGAAGGGCCUUGAUUCAGCAGAUCGACGGCGUGGGAGUCUGCACCUUCGACGAAAAGGCCGAAGUCAUCGAUCCCAAGACUGGCGAGAAGACCAAGGUGCCGGCAGUGCACACCCAGGGAACCAAUCUCCGUGCAAUGCAGCAGUAUGGCGACUACAUCAACCCCAACCGGAUCUCGACAAACGACGUGGCCGCGGUCCUGGAGAUGUACGGAGUGGAGGCCUGCCGGAACACCAUCAUCCAGGAGUUGCGCGGGGUGUUCAGUUCCCACGGCAUCAGCGUUGAUAGCCGACAUCUCAAUCUAAUCGGCGACUACAUGACAAGGAACGGAGGAUUCACACCAUUCAACCGGAUGGGUCUCAGGGGCAACGUCAGCCCGUUUACCAAGAUGAGCUUUGAGACCACGCUGGCCUUCCUCACGGAUGCUGUUCUGGACGGCGACUGGGACGACCUCAGCACACCCAGUGGCAGGCUCGUUCUCGGCAGGCUCGGCAAGGUUGGCACCGGAGCCUUCGACGUGCUAACCCACGUGCCGACGGAGCAGUUCGAUGCCGUACGCACGAGGGAGGCUGCGUAUGUGUGAUCCAGGGCAUGUUUUGGCCAUACGGUCGAGCGGUGUCAGGCGUGCUGUGAUAUUUUUUUAGCUUCCCGGUGUAUAUAUUGUAUUACCAGGCGCUUUUAGCCUGGCUCUUCCACUAUAGACCGAAGUACUGAAAUGUGAUUUUGAGGUGAAUGCCUGC